GGAGUUGAAGCGAGAUGACUUCGUGGGGAGGUAGCAACGAGGGCUGUCACCAUGUAACAUUGUAACAUGAAUCUGGGCAGCGUCAUCGUUUACAUCACAGCCCUGCUCUGGCUGCACCUCACUGACGCGAAACUUGGUUACUUUUGGCACAUCACGGACUUCCACUAUGACCCGUUCCACAACUCGCCGGAACUGCACAGAGGCUGCAAGCACAGUCGGAACAACAACGAGCACAGCCACCGCAACGGCCGCCACCGCGACCACACCUGCGAUAGCUCGUGGCGCCUGAUACAGAGCGCCGCGACUUUCAUGGCCGAGCGACAUCCCGACACGCUGGAGUUCGUGCUUUGGACUGGGGAUAUCCUCUCCUCAUCAAUGGAGCAUAUGCCAGAGGAAUACAAGUUGGAAGCGGUCCGCAACGUGACGGAGUUGCUCAGUCGGACGUUCAGCAGCCAGUUUGUGUUCCCAGCGCUGGGCCACAAUGACCCACCGCCUUCGAGGAGGCUGGUGGACAUGUGGAUGCAGUGGUUGCCCACAGAUGCGCUGAAUACUUUUGAGACAGGAGGAUACUACACAAUAGACCAGUCUCACACCAAACUCCUGAUAGUAGUGCUCAAUAGUGUACUCUGGGCCGGUGGUGCAGCCAGGACUGAUGGCCCCCACUCUCACAGGGGGAGGGCGCAGUGGGAGUGGUUAGAAAAAGUCCUUUUAAAGGCUAGGACGACCAAUAAAAUGGUCUACCUAGUAGGUCACGCGGGUCCAGGAGUGGAAGAACGUCAUAACGCUGGUAGUUCUUCAGCAUCAGGUGGAGGGGAGCUGACUCCAUCAGCCAAUGGCAGACUGCUGCAUAUCAUAAAGGCGUUCAGCGAUAUCAUUGUUGGGCAGUUCUAUGGGCAUCGGCAUGCGGACACCUUCAGGCUCAUUUAUAGAGAAGGGCGUCCAGUGUCAUGGGCUUUUCUGGCUCCUUCAGUCACUCCAAGAGGUGCGGGAAGCAUAUCAAAUCCAGGAUUAAGGUUAUAUAAGUUUGACUCCAAUACUGGAAAGGUAUUGGACUAUACGCAGUAUUAUUUAGAUGUAACUAACUCCAGGGGGGAAGUCCACUGGGCCAUAGAGUAUAAUUUGACGCAGUAUUACGGGCUGAGGGAAGUGAGUGCAAACUCCCUGGAAGUCUUAGCUGAUAGGAUAAGGAAUUACAAUGAUCGAGGAGUGUUUUCUAAAUACCUAACAGCGUUGCGCGUGCGGCACAACCACGACGUAUCGGACUGCGACUCCGCGUGUGCGCAUGUUCACUACUGCGCGAUCACCAGAGCGGACUACCACGAGUUUCGCGCGUGCGUCCGCAACCCGGCGUCGGCGCUGGCGUCGCGCGCGCCUCAUACCUCCGCCGCCAUCUUGUUGUACGCCAUUUUGAUUUUGAUUUCGUCGUAAAGUUUCAUGUUAGUUUGAUUUCCAUUCUUGAUACUUUUGGCAUCAGUUUUACGGAUUUUUUUAAUCAAGAAAACUAAAAUAGUUCCAAUCAGACAUUCAACUAUAGUUAAAAACUAAAAAGUAGAGCUCAACCUACCUUCUCUUGAUCUGCUAAUUCAAAUGUCACGCGUGACUGCUAUUGUAUCGAUAUAAAAAAGUAUCAAAAAUGUUAAUCCUCGUAGUAAUAAUUGACAGAGUUAGUACAGUACAGUCAGUUGCACAAAAUUUGGUACACUUUUAAAACUUUGAAAAUUCUACAAAGUGUCUAGGUUUCAGUGCAUUUGACUCUACA